ACGGCCACCGUAGCCAGGCAUUAUGGGAUGUAAACAGAACAGUGAAGCAAUGAUGAGACAGUAAGUGAAAUGUGGUCAGAUGAACGCAGGCUCAUUAGAAUCACUUUUAGUGUGAUAUACAUUGCUUCUCACACUGUUUUCCAAACAACCUACAUGUGCCGUUUUCUCCUCAGAAACCAACUUGUAGUAUGCCUCUGCUGUACUAAAGUAGCAAAAGUGUUGUACCUGAUGUUGAUUCAGAUGUCCAAAAUUGGCUAAAUAUAAAGUUUGAAUCAGUGACCUAUCCUGACAAGGAUUGUAAAGCACAGGACUUACAUUAUUCUUUCUCUCGUUGCUCAUUAUGAAACUGGAGUUAGCUCAAACUGUGUUUCUAAGCGAGAGCCCAGAAACCUGACGGAUCUAGAGAAGAUCUGUGAGGAGGAGUGGACCAAAAUCCCUCCUGCAGUGUGUGCAAGGCUGGUGAAAAAAAAAACAACAGGAAACAUUUGACCGGUGUCAUCACAAACAGAGGCUAUUCUACCAAAUAUUAACAUAGAUUUUCUGAGGUGUUUAGGUACUUAUUUGUGUCACUGUACAUCUCUUUUGUCUUUAUUUGUCUUUUUUUUUGUUCUAAUUGCUUGAAAUAAACAAAUUCUAAUUCCAACUGUUAAUUUGUAACAGUGGUAUUAGAAUUAUUGUUUUCUUAGCAAUGUGUCACGUGGCUUUUUUUUUUUUUUUUACAAAACAUGCUUAUCUUAAAAUAUUACAUACACUGUACAUAUUAUGGUAUGAAUAAGAAGUUUGUGGUCAAUAUUUUUAGGAUUGUUGUAGUGUUUCUACAUUAUGGGCAAAUUAUAAAUUAGAGCUCUCUGGACCUGAUGGGUGUUUAUUAUUAUUAUUAUUCUUAAUGGUUUGAUAUUGAAAAUUAAUUGAAAAUUAAUCAAACAUGAACUUAAUUGUUUGAUGUUACAAUAAAAAAAAACUUCAUGGACCUGAUGUUUUUUUUAAUUAUUUAUCCUAAUUGUUCAAUAUUGAAAAAAGGUGAUGUAAAAGUAAAGAUUGGAAGUCUUUUAUAAUAAAAAAAAAAUACUUCAGAAAGCCAGUUUGUUAGUUGUAUUUUGAUCUUUUACUGCACCAUAAUGUCAAAAAUUAAAAAGAAAAUCCUUCAAAAUAAUGACUUUCACAGUUAUUUGCACAGUAAAGCAAUUAUUACUUAAAUUAUAGGUCAUAAUUAAUCAAAUUUGAAUUGAGUUUGUUCCACAGCUGACAUUUGACCUCUGCAGCAUUCCGUCCACGUGGAUCUCUUUUGGUCAACCAUGAGGAGCAGGAUUUGAAGAGGAGCUGUGCGGAGAGCUCAGCUGGAGGAGUCAAGCAGAUAUGGGAGGGGGGUGAUGAUGAUGAUGAUGAGGAGGAGUGAUGUGGGAGUGACCGGAUCCACAGGUUGAGUAUAAAGUGACCGCGGGUGCAGGGAGACACUCAGUACCGUCUCGGUGUCUCCGUGUUCCAGCCUUUUCCCGGCAGUCAGACGAGAGGAUGAGAGUGGGGGGAGCAAAGUGAAGGCUCGGCAGGGACACCUCGGGACUCACAUCUCAACUUGGACUCGCUGUGAUGAUGGAGAAAGCUGCACUGCUGCUGUUCUGCUGCCUGGCUGUGACUCUGUCAGGUUCUCCGCUCUACCCAUCCAUACGGUUUGGCCAGAGGGACACGUCCAUCCUGAUGACGUCUUUGGUGAGAGACCCAGCUGAGCCGCUGGAGGCGGGGACACGUCCCGUCAGCGACCAAGCCGGACUGCGCUCAGAGCGCCACGCCGACGCCAUCUUCACCAACAGCUACAGGAAGGUUCUGGGACAAAUCUCUGCUAGGAAGUUCCUCCAGACCAUCAUGGGCAAACGGCUGGGAGAUGACAGCUACAAACGUGAGUCAGACAUCUACGAGGGGACCUUCAAGGAGGAUCUGACCUCCAUCCAGAGCGACCAAAGAUACAGAGGGGUUCAUGGGAACGUCAUAAAGUCCAGACAGCUGAGCUAAGGACAAAACCAAGAGCAUCCGGCCUCCUGAUGAUGUUCUGAUCAUCUACAGCUCAUUUUCUGUUACUCCAACAAAUAUCUUCUUUACAAGUAAAAAACAAACCAUUGCCUUUUAUUCUCAGCCAAUAAAUUGGAGUUAUUAUCGCUUAUUGUUAUUAAAAGUUGUGAAGAAAACCUUCCCGACUUAUUAUUGUGACAAGUCCACCACAAAAUCAGUUAGCUAUGAAUAUAUUUGGGUCAUAAAACAGCGUAAAAAUUAAUUUUAUAUCCAAAUUGUUGUUUUUAUAAAUGCAUAGGUUCAUAGAAACCAUCUAUUAGAUGGAUAUUUUCCUCAAAAGUAAGAUACCAUUUCCCUCCUAGUCAUGUUAACACAACAUAACCAUUUGUAUAAUCUUUGAUACACCCAUUUCUGGACCCCCUAUCCCAUUAGCAUGAUCCUAAUUACAUUAAAAACUCUUUGUGUAUUCUAGGUCCAUAUUUUAUCUCCUGUAGUUCAUCAUCAUUCCACUAGGGGCAGUGAAAGGACUUAUCUUAUUCAUUUCAAAAUGGCUGCCCCCAUGAACUCUCAAGAACACUUUUGGCGGGAAAAAGUUUAGCAAAUUUUCCGAACUUUAUAGUGACUAUAACUCAUUUAUUGUCAUUCAUUUUUGAAAUGAGUAUUUGUUGCAUUGAAAAAAAGUGUUGAUAUUUAUUUAUGACACAGUUACACCGUGUUAAAAAUGUGUGGAUUAAAUUUGAGAUCAAAUCACCCAACGUAUCUUAAUAUUAUUUAUGUCUAAAAAAUUAAAUUGCAAACAUUUUUUGUGGAUUUCAUCAAAGGGUUUGAAAACCAUUUCAUCUUAAAAUAAUUUGAAUAUUCCGUCAAUUCUUUGAUAAGGUGGGUUUUGAUGAUGGUGGGUUUGUGGGACAAUUUUAGAGUAAAAUAAAACUUUUUAAAGUGUUUUAUAUCAUUUAAGAUACCAGAUUAAAGCUAUUUAUGUGCGGAAUUUUCAAAGCAGCAAAAAUGCUGAUUCAAUGGAACUAAACGUGGUCAAAAAGGUCAAUUUUUUUUCUAUAAUGGACAUUUUUUGUUUGCGUCUUCACAGAAAGUCACAAACUAGCAAAAUAGACAUUUGGAAAUGUCAUUAAAAAAAACACCCCAAUCAUCUUUUAAUCUAUUU